GAACGGAUACAUGUAUUCUAUGACGAUGACAUAGUCGACGUACGGUUACCCCGUUAGCGUGUAACAUGGAGUCGGAUGACAUUAGUGAUUCCACUGAGGCUGCGAUCUCCAUGGAGACAGAUACAACAGCAGACAUCGCUGUUUACCGGGCGUCGUGUCGUCGCCUGGCUUGCGUGCCGUCGUCGUCAUUUAUUAGAACGUUACAGAACAAAGAGCCGGUAAUGAACAUGAGAUACUGCGGACUCACCUCGGUCGAUGUUAAAGCCAUGACAACAGCGCUGGUGCGCAACAUCACAGUAACAGAUUUUAUUCUGGCGGAUAAUCGAUUUGGAACGGAGGGAGCAAAACAUAUUUCGGAUAUGUUGACAGAAAAUGUAUAUUUGCAAACGCUGGAUAUGUCAAAUAACAACCUUGGAUCUGAAGGUACUAGGAUUAUUUGUGAGAUGGUGGCUGAUAACAACUCCCUAACUAGUCUCAAUAUAUCAGGCACUCAAAUCAAAGACACAGACGCACAGGUUAUAUCCGAUCUGUUGAGAGAUCCGUUAUCUGCUAGAUUGAAAAAACUAGACCUAAGUCACAAUCAUUUUGAAGAACCUGGCGGUAAACACCUGGCACUGGCGAUAAAAUACAACAAGUGGCUGGAAGUGAUUAACCUAAGCUAUAACCACAUUCGAAGAAAAGGGGCAACAUCAAUAUGUAAAGCUCUAAAGUUGAACUCUGUGCUCACUGAUGUAGACCUCUCAUGGAACGGACUGGCUGAUCCGGGUGCCGCGUUGAUAUCUGAGGUUCUGAAAGCAAAUACUACUUUGACCUCACUUAAUGUUGCUUUCAAUAGAUUCACUAUUUUCGGUGUGACUAUAGUCAAAGAUGGAUUAGACGAAAAUAGGACACUGAAGACACUUCGGAUUGGAGGUAACAUGAUAACUCACGCAGCGUCCAUGACUUUACUGACAGUGUUAGAAACUCGUCCUGAGUGUUCGCUGACUUUGCUGGAUCUCGGGGACGCCCCCGUCACCAGAGAAUUUACGGACUUAUUGGAGGAGCUACAAACCGAACGAGCCGAUUUAACAGUCAUAUAUGGAUGCGUGGUCAGAGGUUUUGAUAUUUACGCUGCUCUCGCAAGAGGGCGCACGCACAUUCCCGUGAACCCGAUACGGGUGCUCCGCGACUACAUCGUUAAUGAAGGGCUUCGUUGUCACGACCUUUUCUACAGAUUUGACGGCAACAAAGACCACAUUGUCUCAAGAACAGAAUUUCGCAAGGGAAUUCUUGCAACCCAUCUGCCGUUCUCAGCCGCGGAACGUAGUAGGCUGUAUCGCCGAUUUGAUAGAAAAAAGAGAGGUUUCAUAAUUUUCAAAGACUUUGCUGAUGUCAUGGAAGAUAAGGUGCGAAACGAAAGACGUCGACGAUUGAAAAGCCAAUUAGACGGGACUAAUGUGCCAAAAGCCAUAGAUUCAGACGAAGAAUUGGUUUCGUGA